CCUGCAGUCCUGCUGCUCCUUCUGCUGGGCCUGAGCUAAGUCCCAAGCAGACACAUGGGCUUAUGCCCCAGGAAGAGUGCACAGGACCUGCGCUGGGAGCCCUCCAUAGCCCAGUUCCCCCUUCUCUCUCCCCAGGUGCAGAUAAGCAGGAAUCGGAGUUCCUGCAGUCAAGUAAGGCGCCAGGCAGGGGCAUCCUGCCUGCGUGGACUGAGGAGGAGGAACCCGUGCCAAGGACACUGGCUGGGCAAUGAGCAGGCAGGGUCAGGGCUGCAGAAGGACACCGCAGGCCUUUCUCCCUUUGUUGGCAAUACGCGGCGGCCUGCUGUCCCAUCGGGCAUCUUCUCAGGCCUGGAGGCCAACAUAGGGCAGUGGCCCUGGCAGGUCAGCGUCCGCCAGGGCUUUCUUCACAUCUGCUCGGCCUCCCUCAUCUCGCAGAAAUGGGUGCUGACCAUGGCGAGCUGCUUCCGGUCAAAGGACACCAGAGAAUAUAAUGUCUUGAUGGGCUCGCUCCAGAUCUCUGGUCACCCAGACCCCAAAGAGAGGAUAAUACCUGUGUCCCGGAUCAUCUCCCACCCUGACUUCCAGGGGGACGUGUCCAGUACCAUCGUGCCUGCCCGGUUACCUUGGGCCCUGUCAUCUUCUCAUCUGUCUGCCCUCUGCUGAACGCAGACUCCGGCUGGGUGACAGAGUGGGGCUACUCAGGAGCAAGUACCAGUGUAAGGCUGAGGAGAUGCCCUUGGGCCUCCCACUCCCGCCCGCCCAGGUCUCCAUCCUACCCAGCCACACUUAAUGCCUGCUCUAGGUUUCUCCGGAUCCUAAGCCUCCUUCAUGUCGCUUCUGCUAUGAUUUCUUUGCUUAUCGAUUCCUGCUUUUAYUCUUGUUGAGCGGUCAUGCUGUGUGCAAAGCAAAAAGAACAGGGAAAUGGAGAGAGAAUGAAGACAGUCUGCUCAGUCUGAGAGAAGUAACAGAGCUCUCCUGCAGCACCUGGGUGGAUCUCCAGAGGGGUAGGGAGGAGAUAGAGACCAGUUCGGGAACGCUCUGGGUAAAGCAGAGCUUCAUCUACGUGUCCAUAGGCUAGAUUCUUUGCAGAUAGUCUAGAGUCUGUGUAGUAUAUCAUGGCUACCCUUUAUUUCUAUGUAAGAAUAAAACU